GGGCUGACGCGGCUGGGCAGGGCCAGCGCCCGGUGGAGGCACUGGGCGUGUACCCGGUCAGAAGUCAUGUUCGGCAGGUCCGGCUACCGGGCGCUGCCCUUAGGGGAUUUUGAUCGUUUCCAGCAGUCAAGUUUCGGCUUUCUGGGUUCGCAGAAGGGGUGCUUGUCCCCAGAGCCGGCAGGCGUGGGGCCGGGGGCCGAUGCACCUGAGAGCUGGCCCUCCUGUCUCUGCCAUGGCCUCAUCAGUUUCCUGGGGUUCUUGCUGCUGCUACUCACCUUCCCCAUUUCUGGCUGGUUUGCUCUGAAGAUCGUACCCACCUAUGAGAGGAUGAUCGUGUUUCGACUGGGCCGGAUCCGAACCCCCCAGGGCCCUGGCAUGGUUCUUCUCCUGCCCUUCAUUGACUCCUUCCAGAGGGUGGAUCUGAGGACCCGAGCAUUCAAUGUUCCUCCUUGCAAGUUGGCCUCUAAGGAUGGGGCUGUGUUAUCUGUGGGAGCUGAUGUCCAGUUUCGCAUCUGGGACCCAGUGCUCUCCGUGAUGGCUGUGAAGGACCUAAACACAGCUACUCGAAUGACCGCCCACAACGCCAUGACCAAGGCCCUACUCAGGAGGCCGCUGCAGGAGAUCCAGAUGGAGAGGCUCAAGAUCGGUGACCAACUCCUGCUGGAGAUCAAUGAUGUGACCAGAGCUUGGGGCCUGGAGGUAGACCGUGUAGAGCUGGCAGUGGAGGCUGUGCUGCAGCCACCCCAAGACAGCCCAGCUGUGCCCAACCUGGACAGCACCCUCCAGCAGCUGGCCUUCCACUUGCUGGGGGGAAGCAUGAGCUCAGUGGUAGGAGGUGCUCCACCCCCAGGACCAGGAGACACCUUGGAAAUGAUAAGUGAAGUGGAGCCGCCUGCCUCUCAUGCCGGGGCUGGGGAUGAGCCCAGCUCAAAGCAGCCCGUGGCUGAGGGGCUUCUCACUGCCCUGCAGCCCUUCCUGUCAGAGGCACUGGUUAGCCAGGUUGGGGCCUGCUAUCAGUUCAACGUCAUCUUGCCUAGCGGCACUCAGAGUAUCUACUUCUUGGACCUCACUGCAGGACAAGGCAGAGUGGGACAUGGAGCACCUGAUGGCAUCCCUGAUGUGGUGGUGGAGAUGGCUGAGGCGGACCUGCAGGCCUUGCUCUGCAGGGAACUGCGGCCCCUGGGGGCCUACAUGAGUGGGCGGCUGAAGGUGAAGGGUGACCUAGCUGUGGUCAUGAAGCUGGAGGCUGUCCUUAGGGCCUUGAAGUAGCAGUGUUGGUUGUCCACCCAUGACCCAACCGUGAACCUGGUGCCAAGCCAGAGAAGCCUCUUGGGAUAGGAGGCAUUGGUCUGGGCUGCAGAAAACUGAAGCCUGAAGGUGUUUCCGGCCCAGCCAGGAGCCCAGAAGGCUGGGAGACAACUGUUGCUGGUCAGUGCUGAGUCAGCUGUCCUGUACUUGAACCUGUGUGGUUCUCUGGACAGGCCUGUGCUCCCUCGAUUCCCAGCCAAGUGCCUAGUCCUGAGCUUGCUACGGAGUGAAGACAGAGCCCGGCCUGCCCUGCCCGCUGAUAACUUGACUGGACAGACAAGAGGCACAGGAGCAGUCUGUAUGUCAGCCAUGGGGAGGACCAGAGCACAUGGAUCAUGCCUCUGACAUCCAGGGAGAUCAGAGAGUAGGGAAAAGUGGGGAGGGCAGCCCCCCCAAGAAGGGGUUGCUGCAGUGGAGCCAGGCUGCCCCUCUUUUCUAUUGACAAGCCAGAACAGGCUAGGAGGGGAGGGCAUGGACAGAGGAGAGUUGUUUCUUCAGGGGGCCUGCUCCCGAGGACACCUGGUCUUGUCCACCAGCUCCAUCGUGCAUGCUUGAGGAGCUGGCUCGGGGCAGCAUGUGGGAGAGCCCUGCUAUUCUGUGCUUACUAGAGGCUUGAGAGCCUCUGACAAAUAAAUGUGGCAUUUACAGCGUGCAUUGGAGAAGCGCAGCAGGCUGUGGGGCGCGGUGGGGCAAGUAAGGUCUAUAAGGCCCUAUGCCCCGCCAAGAGCCAAGGCUAGAGACUGACACAGGCUCCCGGAGCAUUUGAAGCUCUUCCUUCUGGGAAGAGCCCUGAACGUCAGGAGGAGGUGACUGUGGGUUGCUCUCUGUCUCUUUUUAUAGCAAGGGAACAGAUUUACCAGGGAAGUAGGGCAUGAGUACCAAAACUAACUUACUGGAGUUAAGGUGAGGGGCUCUUAACAUGUUCAGGUACGGAGCCGGAGCCACUGUGGGCAGACGGGGUUGCUUCCCUGGCUGAUGAGGGAGAUACAGCUUGUGGCCUGGCUGUUGGCUCUCCUGGCUUCUGCUCCACUGGUAGAGCCUCAGCUCACGACUAAGAAGCGAAUGUAACCUUCUGGAGGGGACUGUAGAGAAAACCAAAUCACACCUCAAGCCCACAGCCCUCAGAUUGUCUGCUGCCAGUGCCAGCCCUUCCUCCUGGGCCCUUGGACUGGUACCAGGCCCUACAGUGCGUCCCUCUGUCUUUUCUGGUGCCAGAUGCUGUCUUGUGUUGCUAUAGGUUCUCCGCCUGGCCUGGGCACUCCCUCAGAGCUAGUGUGGGUCCCACAGACAGUAGGGACCAUCUUGAGGCUUUCUCACUGAGGCUGUGUUCCAAAGCCCCUCUCUAGGCCCUGCUAGCUACCCAGUGCCCCUUAGAGUCUUCCCUCCUGCCGAGCUCCCUCAGCUAUUGAGAAACCAUUUUCUUUUUUUAUCCCCAAGAAAGUAGCUAAUGUCACUUUAUGUUUUUUAAACGAUUAGAAUUUUUCUUUUAACAAAAUAUGUUAAGGUAAAACAAGAUCAUCAUAUCUAAGUUGGAUAAGGCAAGCCAACAGAACAAAAAAAAAAAAAGAACUCCAAGAGAAGGCAAAAGAAUCAGAGACCCACUUGUUCCCACACUCAGGAGUCCUGUGCAAGUCUUAGACUGAAAGCUGUAGUAUAAACUGGGGCCCCGUGUGCCUCCUGCUUCAGCCUGAGUGCCUGGGAGCUUUGCUCAGCUGUUUUCGAGGGCCUUGUUCUCCUGGCGUCCUCUGUCUCCCCGACUCCUGCCCUUUCUGUAGGGUCCCCUUAGCUCUGAGGGGGAUGAUUUGGUGGAGACAUCUCACUUAGAGCUGUGUGUUCCAAGGUCUGUCUCUGCACACUGUCCAGCUGCGGGUCUCUGUAUUCCCAUCUGCUGCAGGAGGAAGCCUCUCUGAUGAUGGCUGAGCAAGACACUGACAUGUGAGUACAGCAGAGUGCCAUUAGGAGUUAUUUUAUUGUUACUUUUUUUUUUUUUAGACCAGUAGUAUUUGGUUUUACCAUAGGUCUCUAAGUUAUCUGGACUCUGGUUCCUGGCUACCCAAGCAGUGUUCCAUCUCAUGGAGUAGGCCUUAGGUCACAUGAGACAUCAGCUGUUAGACCCACACAGUUUGUGUCACCGUUGCCCUACAUAUGCGACGUUUGUAGAUCAAGGUUUUGUAGUUGGGUUGGUACCUUUCUAGGUCAUAGACCUCAGAACUUAGGGAGUUGUAGGCACUAGCUCAACCCUUCCUUGUUCAGUGAGUUGUGUUGCCUUUGUGGGGCCUUGCUGCCAGUUUAUGGAGAGCAACCUAUUGUCUUGGCAAUAGCCUGGAUUACUUGGGGAUUUCCAUGGGACCCUCUUUGUCAACAACUCAGUUGGAUGAAACCCAGUCCUGGCACUGCAAGCUUUGUUUGGUGACACAAGAUGGCCAAUGGGAGUUCUAUAUCCCUCGUUAUUUGGACUACCUUAGGGUCUCCUUCAUAUAUUAUAGGAAGUCCCCCGCAGUUUCCACACCACCCCUCAAAUGCCCUUCAGUUCUAGCUGUCUUUUCCCUCCUUCCCUCUCUCAACCCCAUCCCCCUCCCUUCUCACCUGGUCCUCCUGUUUUCUCCUCCCCCCACCUACUGCUUCAGUCCCUCCCCCCACCAGGGAGAUCCAUAUAUUCCCACCCCAAGUCCCGGUAUGCCUUUUCUCUCUGGAUUGUAGCUUGGUUAUUAUUUAUUUAAACUAAUGUCCAGAUAUAAGUGAGUACAUACCAUAUUUAUCUUUCUGGGUUUGGGUUACUUUACUCAGAAUUAUUUAUUUUUUCUAGUUCCAUCUGUUUGCCUGCAAAUAUCUUGAUGUCAUUUGAAAAAAACUGAGUAAUACUCCAUUGUAUAAAUGUACCACGCUUUCUUUAUCGAUUCCUCUGCCGAGGGACAUCUAGGUUGUUUCCGAUUCGUGGCUGUUAUGACUAGAGCAGCAGUGAACGGGGAAUCCUUCUUUUCUAUUCCACUAUACUCACUGGGCCAUUAGCUACCUGUGAGCAUUCACCUGCCAGUGCCCUGAAGGGCUGCUCACAUGGGAACCCAGGCCUCCUUCCAUGCUCCCUCAUCCACAGAACCUUGGCAGCCAGCACUGCCUCCCAGGAAGGAGCAGUCAGUUCCAGGAAAGAUGAUCAUGGCUUAAGGAGAACUGAAACUGAAACCCCUUUUGAUUUUUUUUAAAUGAACUUCUGAUUAACAUUCCUGUUCCAGGAAAUGGAAAUUUCUGUGGCUGUCUUUGUGUAUCCUGAGUGUGUGGCCGGUACCCCAGAGAUGUAGCCCACAGGCUCAAAUGCCCCUGGGUCAGAAGACAGGGCAAACUGGGCAGUCCACAGGGGAGGGGAUACAGAAACACCUAAAGGUUCUGACAGAACCUUCCCUGAGACUGCCACUGAGUAGACCACUAAAUGAGGGAGAGACAGGACAAGAGGACACCCCUGUUAGAGCACAAAAGGAAGAGACAGGCUGACACCUCCAAUCUGAGGAGGUGGAACUGACAUAUGAGGGCUCUGUGAGGGAUUUUUGAGGAGCCAGAAAGAGUAGCUAUUAUGUGCCUACUGUAUCCCCGUGCUGAGCUAGAAAGAGUAGCUAUUAUUAU